AUGUUCAGACGUCAGGAUCUACCUGGAAUGCAUAAAAUGAUGCGUCCUGUCACCAAUAAUAAUGUGACUUUCUGUGGAAGUGGCAAAUCUUCUUGUCUCAGCCAAGACAGCAUGAGAAGUGUAGAACAGUUUGGCUUGUACACCACUCAGCAGAGCAAAUACAGCCAUACUGUCAGCCAAAAGUCCAUCUCCUGCCAGACACAAGAAACUAUAAAUGAGGCACAUUUGCAGACCACAACCAGCAGAGAUCUGGACACAAAAAGUGAUUUAAAGAAAAAGAAAACCCUUGGGAGGUCUGGAAAGCGUGGAAGACCCUCUGGAACCACCAAACUGGCAGGAUACCGAACCAGCACUGGGAGACCUCUGGGGACCACCAAAGCUGCUGGCUUUAAGACAAGUCCUGGCAGACCACUGGGCACAACCAAAGCCGCCGGAUACAAAGUCAGCCCAGGGAGACCUCCAGGUAGCAUAAAAGCUCUAUCACGGCUUGCAAAUCUAGGUUACACAAGUAACAAUGCAGCUUUCCCCUACCCCACAGCACUUAACAGAGGACUCCAUUCUGUUGUGGAUACCAACAUCAAACACCCUGUUGAGUAA